UUCUUUUUUGGAGCAUUAGUCAACAUAUAGCUGAAUCAUGUACCAAUAUACAAAUAUACGUACUUUACUAAAAUGUGCGUCAAACUUCUUUGUAAUUUACAUAUAUUAAAAUAAUAUCAUGUGAUUGAUGAUUUACAAAGAAAUUUGUUCACUUUUUAAAAUCAUACCACACAACUUUGCACCAAAAACUCAUGCAUUUGAUGCACUGUUUAAAGAUUACACGUGGAUUUAAUGUGGGCUUAAAUUUAGGCCCAUUAUACGAAGGAAGGGGCAGGGGUAGCAUUGUCAUUACGCGACUACCAUGUUGUAUCAAGAAAAUGCCUCUGGGGCCAGAUCUGCGCUUUGUCGCGAUGUCAUUAUCACCAAGAUAUGCGAUAGCGACUCGUACAAAUUUCUAUUUUCAGAGGGAAAAAACUUCCUUUUUUUUUAGAUAACUGUGCUUUAUUACACAAAAUAAUAUAUAAUGUAAUCCUUGUCAUGAGAAAAGAUAAUUAGUGUAAAGACAGCAACUGUUUAAUUAAUUUCAUGAAAACUUUAGACAAAAUGUUAAGAGAUAUGUUUAUAGUUUAUUUUUUGAGUUUUUUCAAAAUUAUUGUUGAUUAAUCCUGAUAGAACCAAGAAAACAGUUAGCUAGUAAUAGUUAUACAAAAAUAGAGUGUAAUUAAUAAGACAAGUCCAGUGUCACAAUAAUUAAUUCCAUUCACCUACAUAAUUUUUUGAGGAGAUAUGGCUUUUGUUGGAUCAAAUCAUGAGCCAUUACGAAAAAAGUUCAAAACUUUUCUUCUUCAAAGUUGGACUCAAGUUAAAGGAGAGCUACAGAGACAUAAGAAAAAUAAAAAUUGAAAAAGGAGUUCAGAGUAAAACAACUGAUAUAGACUCAGAGAGAGAGAGAGAAACGUAUCUGUCGAAAAAUCUAUAAAAUUCGAUUCAUUUUUUUUUUACUUUUAAAAGCAACAAAUCUCCCCAAAGAAAGAAAAACUAUAUACCAAAAAAAAAAGAUAAGAAGAAAGAGGAAAGAAGAAGAACAAGAAGAGGUAGAAAUGGAAUACAUUUGAAAUAUGUUUUUGAGUCAUGAAGAAGAGCUUUAAGGUUUAAUAAUGCAAUGUUCAAUCCUUUCACAACUCAUCACAGCUCAGAUAUGAACUGGGCACUCAACAACCCAAAUCCUGAAGAGAAGGAGCCAACAACAACAACCCAAAGCAGCGAUUUUUACCAUCUGGGCGCUAAAGAUUCGCCACAAAAGCCCAGAAAAAUCGAUUUUUGGCGUUCUGGGUUGAUGGGUUUCGCCAAGAUGCAGCAUUCAGUGGCGGUGAAGAUGAACAACGGUAAUAAUAACGACCAAGUGGGUAACAAAAAGGGGUCAACUUUCAUACAGGAACACAGAGCUUUAUUACCAAAGGGUUUGAUUCUAUGGACAAUCAUUGUCGGGUUUAUAAGCAGAGGGAUUUAUCAGUGGAUGGAUGAUACUAGCAAGGUCAGAAGAGAAGAGGUUUUGGUUAGUAUGUGUGAUCAGAGAGCCAGGAUGUUGCAGGAUCAGUUUAGUGUUAGUGUUAACCAUGUUCACGCUUUGGCUAUUCUUGUCUCAACGUUUCAUUACCACAAGAAUCCAUCUGCAAUUGAUCAGGGGACAUUUGCUGACUAUACAGCGAGAACAGCAUUUGAGAGACCGUUGCUAAGUGGAGUGGCUUACGCUGAAAAGGUUGUGAAUGCUGAGAGGGAGAUGUUUGAGAGUCAGCACAAUUGGGUUAUAAAGACAAUGGACACAGGAGAGCCUUCACCUGUGAGGGACGAGUAUGCUCCCGUCAUCUUCUCUCAAGACAGUGUCUCUUACCUCGAGUCACUAGACAUGAUGUCAGGAGAGGAGGAUAGAGAGAACAUUCUGAGAGCUAGAGAGACAGGGAAAGCUGUCUUAACAAGCCCUUUUAGACUACUGGCUUCUCACCAUCUAGGAGUUGUGUUAACCUUCCCUGUGUACAAAGCCUCUCUUCCUAAAAACCCCACCGUCCAAGAGCGUAUAGCAGCCACCGCAGGGUACCUCGGCGGCGCGUUUGACGUUGAGUCACUCGUUGAGAAUCUACUCGGUCAGCUCGCUGGCAACCAGGCGAUAGUAGUGCAUGUGUAUGACAUCACCAACGCGUCGGAUCCUCUCGUCAUGUACGGGAACCAAGACGAAGAAGGCGACACGUCUCUCUACCACGAGAGCAAGCUUGAUUUUGGAGACCCUUUCAGGAAGCAUAAGAUGAUCUGUAGGUACCUCCAGAAGGCGCCUAUACCGUUGAACGUACUCACGACCGUGCCGUUGUUCUUUGCUAUUGGCUUCUUGGUUGGUUACAUACUCUACGGUGCAGCUGUUCAUAUAGUUAAAGUUGAAGAUGAUUUCCAUGAGAUGCAAGAGCUCAAGGUCCGAGCAGAAGCUGCUGACGUGGCUAAAUCGCAGUUUCUUGCGACCGUCUCUCACGAGAUAAGGACGCCGAUGAAUGGGAUUCUUGGAAUGCUUGCUAUGCUUCUUGAUACGGAGCUUAGCUCUACGCAGAGAGAUUACGCUCAGACCGCGCAGGUUUGUGGUAAAGCUUUGAUUGCGUUGAUAAACGAGGUUCUUGAUCGUGCCAAGAUCGAAGCUGGGAAGCUGGAGUUGGAGUCUGUGCCUUUUGAUAUACGUUCGAUAUUAGAUGAUGUUCUUUCUCUCUUCUCUGAGGAGUCAAGGAACAAAGGCAUUGAGCUUGCGGUUUUCGUUUCAGACAAGGUACCUGAGAUAGUCAAAGGAGAUUCAGGGAGAUUCAGACAGAUCAUCAUAAACCUUGUCGGAAACUCUGUUAAAUUCACAGAGAAAGGACAUAUCUUUGUCAAAGUCCAUCUGGCGGAACAAUCAAAAGACGGAGCUGAAUCCAAACCCGCACUAAACGGAGGAGUAGCCUCUGAAGACAUAACCGCCGCUUCCAAACCUUCAAGUUACAACACACUGAGCGGCUACGAAGCUGCUGACGGUCGAAACAGCUGGGACUCAUUCAAACACUUACUCUCGUCGGAGGAGCUGUUGACAUCAUCAGAGUUCGAAGCUUCCAGUAACGUCAGGCUUAUGGUUUCUAUCGAAGACACAGGCAUUGGGAUCCCUUUAACCGCGCAAGGACGUGUCUUCAUGCCGUUUAUGCAAGCGGAUAGCUCCACUUCGAGAACCUACGGAGGUACUGGGAUUGGUUUGAGUAUAAGCAAGUGUCUUGUCGAGCUUAUGCGCGGUCAGAUAAGUUUCGUGAGCAGGCCUCGCGUUGGUAGCACGUUUUGGUUCACUGCUGUGUUUGAGAGGUGUGAUAAAUGUAGUCUGAAGAAGCCUACGGUUGAGAAUCUGCCUUCUAGUUUUAGAGGGAUGAGAGCUAUUGUUGUUGAUGCUAAGCCUGUUCGAGCUGCGGUGACUAGGUAUCAUAUGAAGAGACUUGGGAUCAGUGUUGAUGUCAUGACAAGUCUCAGAACCGCUGUUUCUACUGCGUCUGGAAGAAACGGUUCUCCUCUUCCUUCAGGAACAACGAAACUGGAUAUGAUCUUGGUGGAGAAAGAUUCAUGGAUAUCAACCGAAGAUAUAGACGCGGAGAUACGUCAGAUGAACUCAAGAACCAACGGAAACGUGCAUCACAAGACACCGAAACUCGCUCUAUUCGCAACGAACAUCACCAACUCAGAGUUCGACAGAGCUAAAUCCGCAGGGUUUGCUGAUACGGUGAUAAUGAAGCCGUUGAGAGCAAGCAUGAUCGGCGCGUGUUUACAGCAAGUUCUCGAGCUGAGAAAGGCGAGACAGCAGCAUCCUGAGGGAUCAUCACCAGCAACGCUCAAGAGUUUGCUUACAGGGAAGAAGAUUCUGGUGGUUGAUGAUAAUAUGGUGAACAGGAGAGUAGCUGCAGGAGCUCUGAAGAAGUUUGGAGCAGAGGUGGUGUGUGCAGAGAGUGGUCAAUUUGCUUUGGGUUUGCUUCAGAUUCCACACAGUUUCGAUGCUUGCUUCAUGGAUAUUCAAAUGCCACAGAUGGACGGGUUUGAAGCGACUCGUCAGAUAAGGAUGAUGGAGAAGGAAGCUAAAGAGAAGACGAAGCUGGAAUGGCAUUUACCGAUUCUAGCCAUGACAGCUGAUGUGAUCCACGCGACAUACGAGGAGUGUCUGAAAAGUGGAAUGGAUGGUUAUGUCUCUAAACCAUUUGAAGAAGAGAAUCUCUACAAGUCUGUUGCCAAAUCAUUCAAAGCUAACCCAAUCUCAGAUUCAUCAUGUAGCCAAAGUUGAAGAAGAAGAAGAAACAUCGUGUCAGGAAAAGAAACAUGCAACAUGGUUGGUUCGUGUGUACAUAUAGGGCUCGGAGAUUUUGAAAGUUUGCUUUUGACCAGUAAUAGUAAUGUUUGUGAAACGACGGUUCAGGUGUUGAUAUUAAUCCUUACCGGAGUUCGAUU